UUUAAAAUACAUCGUCUAUUCUAUUUACUUCCAAAAUUGUUCAGGUCAAUUUUUCAGAUAAUAAAAGACUGCCUAUGCUUGUAGUUUCUUUCUCGAGAAAAGAAAAAAAAAAAACAAGAAAAGAAAAGAAAAGAAAUUUGUCCACACUUUGGCGAGGCGAGUAUAAUAAAAAGGGGAAAAAUCGGAUGCUACGCCAAUGGGGGAAUUGCAGUGGAGCCAAGAGGGUCUGUGAAGAAGAAGAAAGAGGGAAAAGAAAGAUAGAGAGAGAGAGAGAGAGAGAGAGAGAGAGAAAGAGUGAGAGAACGAUGGUAUAAGGCUUAGGGGUGUGAAGGGUAAGAAGAGGAUCACUGUGUGUCGAUAGGAGGAGCUUGUUGGUAGAGAGUAGAUGGUAGUGGGGUGAUAAGUGGGCCGGCCUUCUUCGAAUCGUGUCCGCCCCACUCCGCUGGAAUCCCCGGUUCUCGGCGUGGCCGUGAAGUUGCGCCGAUUAGCCGCAGGGCGGCGCUGUAUUCGGCUGGAAGCGGUCGCUGGUGUGCCGGUUCCCUCACUCCGCGUCGCGGCUUUCUCGUCGGAAGACGGGUUCUCACUUUGGAGACCGUGUUUUAAACUUCAAACGACGAACCACCACAAAAGCUUCUCGAACGAGAGCGAACUCGAGAUGAGAUCAUUCGCAAUCUCAUAUUUUUCGCGAGACGACCGCUCGUCAAUCGUUGCGAUUACAUUUUCGCGUUUACCCGACGAACAGUGAGGAUUUAAGAGUGCGUCAAACUUGUGAUAUGUAAUCGAGUGCGACUACAUCGUCUCUUCGUCAUUGUCAUCGUAAUCAUUUUCAUCGUAAUCAUCGUCAUCGUCAGUGUUAACCAAACCUUUCCUACGGAAGAGAAAUAAUUAAAAGAAGAAAAAAAAAAGAAAGAAGAAUUUCUUUUCCAUCGCAAUUAAAAAUGAUUACUAAGUCAUCGUCGUGUUGAUAUUUAUUUCGUUGAUACCGCGCAUCAUUCUAUCCGUGAAAAAGAGUGAGAACGAUAGCGAGUGGUGCGAACGAUCGAGUGCAUUUUCUUUUUUCUUUUUCUAUUUUUAUAUAUAUUACAUACGCGAACGUGAUAAUAUCCGAAGAUAUUUUUCUCAUCUAUAUCCUCUAUCUAUCUAUUUAUUUAUUUAUCUCUUUGUUUCUUUACUUACCUCUCUUCUAUUUUCUCUCUCUCUCUUUCUCUCUUUCUCAGCUUGUCGUUCAAAGGCAACAAGGGAAAAAGGGAUCGAGCUCAUGGAGAUGUGCCCGUGAGGGCGCUGCUAUUUGCAGCAUUCAAUUAUUUUCGUCGCGAAUAUAACAACACAACGAACAGAAGAAUAAUUAAUAUAAAAAAGAGAUAAUAAAAUAUAAAUUACAUAAUAUAAAUAUGAUGAUCGGAUGAGGACGUGGAGACGAGUAAGAAGAAGAGGGUGGUAGACAGAUAGUAGUUGGAGGGAAGAGGGUUGUUGUGGUUUCGCGGCGAGAACGAGGAAGCUAGAAAGGAAGAGGAAGAAGAGGACGAGGAGGAGGAGAAGGAAGAGGAGGAAGAGGAGGAGGUGGAGGAGGAGGAGGAGUCGCUCAACGGUGGCGGCGGUGGCAAAGGUGGUGGUGGUGGUGGUGGAAGAAGCAGAGGAGAAGCCGCGCACCGGACGCCAUCUCCGCGUUAUCGGCAAGCGGAUCCCCCGGGACUCCCCCCCAAGCAGCUUCGACGUCGCGCACCCUCGCUGGGAAUUACCCCGAGACAGAAAUCACCCUGAUGGGAGUGUAUGAGGAGCGCGCCCCUCCUACCACCGGCAUGCACUGGCCGGCCAGCUCGCAAGAGCGCGGGAGCGGCUUGGCUGUGGGGCGUCAAGGGGGGCCCGGUAGUGCGGGGGGCCCCGGAGCAGUCGAGCAGGCAAGGGACCUCAGUCCCUGCCUCCCCGCGUCGAUGGGCGACGCUGCACGACCCACCACCUUACCGUGCAGUCCUCCCGCCGCCCACCACCACGGGCCCCAUCACACGCCCCAUCACACGUCCCAUCAGACGCCCUUACAUCAAACACACUGCGGCACUAACAACAACUGCUACGACGGACCGACCACCCCUUACGAUUCCAGAGACUACGAUUCGCCUGGAGGUGGAUCGGAGUACAGAAACAACGGUAGUUUCGAUAAUAAUCCGAGUGACUUGAGUAUGCCGCCACAAGGGACGCAUCAUCACCAUCACCACCAUCAUCACUCCCAUUUGCAUGGACAAACUCACACGCAGGAACAACAAACCUCCGAACAUUUGCAGACCAUUCCGAAACUCGAGCCACCGCCAACGCCCCCGGCACAAUCCGAGGAUGUUCCUGGAGUUGUUUGUGCGGGUUGUGGGCUUAGGAUAUCUGACAGAUACUACCUUCAGGCGGUUGACAGGAGAUGGCAUGCUGCGUGUCUUCAAUGUUCUCACUGUCGUCAGGGUCUCGAUAACGAAGUCACCUGUUUCUGUAGGAAUGGAAAUAUUUACUGCAAGAAAGAUUACUAUAGGAUGUUCGGGAGCCUGAAGAGGUGCGCGCGAUGCCAAGCUGCGAUUCUCUCCUCGGAAUUGGUGAUGCGCGCGCGCGACUUGGUCUUCCACGUGCGUUGCUUUUCCUGUGCGGUGUGCGCGGUCCUCUUGACGAAGGGCGACCACUUUGGGAUGAGGGACGGCACGGUUUUGUGUCGGCUGCAUUACGAGAUAGGUGCGGAACUUCAUCCUGCCCAGAGUCCACCGGUUCCUGUUUAUCCACCGGGUCCACAUUAUCCAGGCCAAUUUCCGUCUCCCGAAUUCCUUCAUCAUCAUCACCACCACCAUCAUCACCAUACGACGGUGGCCGCGGCCGCGGCAGCGGCAGCUGCGGUCGCUGGUCAUGGUCCACCUCAUCCUCAUUCGAUGCACCCUCAGCAUCCUCACAGUCACAUCAGUCCGGUUCCGCUUCAACCCUCGACACCGUCCGUUCCUGAUGCCGGUUCACCCCCUAAAGUACCAUACUUCAACGGUGCAGCAGCAGCAACAGCAGUCGUACCACCACCGAGGCAAAAGGGACGACCAAGGAAAAGGAAGCCUAAGGAUCUCGAGGCUAUGACCGCCAGUCUCGGUGAGCUCCCAUACGCCUACUCUACUCUUUCUUUUUCAUCGAGCUCCAUGCAACAUUACUUGAACGCCGACUACAUAGACAUGCCCUUCGGAAGAGGCGGUCCUGGGACUCCAGGCAUACCUGGCUCCAAUAGUAGAACAAAACGAAUGAGGACAAGUUUCAAGCAUCACCAGUUAAGGACGAUGAAGAGUUACUUCGCGAUCAAUCACAAUCCCGACGCGAAGGAUCUCAAGCAGCUUUCCCAGAAAACUGGCUUGCCAAAAAGGGUACUGCAGGUUUGGUUCCAAAACGCGCGUGCCAAAUGGCGACGUAUGGUGUUGAAACAAGAAGGAAAAUCGGACAAGUGCGAUAGCGUUGUCGACGGAAGUUCAUUGGGUGAUCUCGAACUUUAUGGGAACAGCGGCGGAAGUGGUGGUCCACCGAUGAGUCCUCCCUUCAUGCUUGGUGGUCCUCAUAGUCCAGCAUCUUUGGCGUCCUUGGAUUGCGCGUGAUCAUCAACGACCAUUAUUGGAAUUUCCACGAUAGACGAAGACAAUUCGUAAAUGAUUCAAUUUCAAACAAAUCAACUAUUUCUCCGUGGUUCUUAUCCGACUCCUCGACGUUUCCUAAAAGCGAUUCCUUGUUUGGUUAUGUGUUCUUUUCUUUUUUUUUUUCUUUUUUUUUUUUCCUCCUAAGCUAUAUAUAUUUUUGUUGGUUCUCGUCGAGAGAGAUGAAUCCUUUCGAACGGAUUUUUGCCCACGUAAGAUUUUUUGUUUUCUUUCUCUUUCAAUGAAUCGAACGAGAACGAAUUAUUAACAGCCAAUCAACUACCAAUAGGGAUAUUUAUCAUCGAUUUAUAGAAAUUCUAUCGUACGUAAUGCCGAUUACGAAAACUUAAACGGAGAGAUGAUGAGAAAGUAGGUAAAGAUAAUUGAAAAUAGUCGAGAAAAAUUCCUUGUAUUUAUUGUAGUCUAAUCGGCGAACGUCCGCGAAUAUUAUUUUCUUGUAUAGAGAGGAAUAGAAGAAGAAUAAUAAUUAUAAUUAUAAUAAUAUUAAUAAUAAGA